AUGGGAGAGCAGUGCCUGAGCCACCCAGAGUGUGGACGCUUUCUUUCCUCUCAGUUCUGUCUACUCAUGCACACAAAACAAAGUUCUGUUCUGGUGAGAGUGAACCGGCAAGACAACUUUGACAGGGAGCAAGAAUUUAGAAAACAGUGGACAGCCUGCAGAAUGUCUAUUGGAGAAGGCCAGAUGCCCCUUCCUCUUUGCCCUGCUGUCGUGAGGACAGCUUGUGUAUGGUUUACAUUAAUAUAUGCCCUUAUAGCACUCAGGGACUUUGCUCUACCCUCCUGGAAAACUCCCAGUUACUGUCCCCACUGCCAGUCUUGGAGAGGAUAG